AUGGGUCUGUUCGGGGAUCUGCCCUCGGCGAAGGACGGGUCGUCGAGGGGCGACGGGGGCGGAUCGUCCGAGACUCCCGCGAAGCGAUCCGAUGGCGCCGCGACGACGCCCGGAUCCACCGCGGGAAAGACCGGAGGAUGGUCCGGAGCCGGCAGCGCGCUCAGGGCUCCGCCUCGAAAGUCGCCCGCGCUGCUGAAUCCCCAGAUGUUAAAGGCGCAGGCUGCCGCAUUGCGCGCGCAGCAGGCCAAGCUCGCGCGCCAGAAGGAGGCGACCUCGUCCGAUGCUCCGGGCGGGUCGUCCGCGGUCAGGACCCCGGGUGCCCGACCGUCGGCGACGGCGACGCGCGUGGUGGUGACCAAGACGGGCAUAGGAGGUGGCGCCGUCCCCGAGCCGUCGGCGGCCACCUACGGCACCCUCAGCGCCGAGGUGGCCGACGAGUAUCAACCCGGUAAGCCAAACUCCUACGAGGAUGUGGUUCGCGCCAGGGCCAGGCGCGUGGCGACGGAGCAGGCGGCGAGAACGAGGGAGCGCCAGAGGGUGGAGCUCGAGCGACAGCGGCGUGAACUCGAGGAAGAGAGACGGACGGCGCAAAAGGCGGCGGGCACGGCACCGGACAGGAGCUCCCUGAACGUCACGGGGGAGGAGGCGUUUGCGCGGCGAGCGACGGUGAGGUUCGGCAAGGUUGAACCGGCGGCGUCCAAGCUUUUGGCAGCGUCCAAUGAGGUCGAACCGGAGAGAGCGGAGAGGACGCCGGAGCCGCAAAAGCCUCCCGCGCCCGUGAAGGAUAAGGGGUUGACCCUCGCGCAGAAGAUGAUGGAGAAGAUGGGUUGGAAGGAGGGCUCCGGCUUGGGUAAGGACGGGCAGGGCAUGACCACGCCCCUCAUGGCACAGAAGGACGGAAUUCGAUCCGGCAUCAUCGUCAACGCGCCGGAAAUGUUUCCCAACAGGUCCACGAUCAUUGGAGAAGUAUCAGCCGAGGGCGAUGGGGCACACACGCUGCUCGGCGCGCCCGCCUUCGUCUCGUCGGGUUCCUCGCUCGCGGGCUCGGCGGUUGUCCCGGCGGUUGACGAGGGGGAUAAACCCGCCACUCCCACGAGGGUGCUGCUGCUGCGUAACCUGACGGGGCCGGGGGAGGUGGACGGGGACCUCGAGGAUGAGGUGGCGGAGGAGUGCGAGAGGUUCGGCGCGGUGGUGCGGGUGGUGAUAUUCGAGGUGACGGACGCGGGGUUCCCGGCGCCGGAGGCUGUGCGGAUCUUCGCGGAAUUCGUCGAGGCUGAGUCCGCGGAGCGGUGCAGACUGGAGAUGGACGGUCGCUUCUUCGGGGGACGGACGGUGCGCGCGACGUCCUACGACGAAAGUAAGUUCUUCGCGAACGAUCUGGGGCCGCAGCCUGGGGAGAAGGCUGUGGGUUCGUGA